CGCCCGUCGUUGCAUUGCGAUUGCAUGAUAGCAAGCAUGGGCGCUCUCUGAACAUAGUUGCCGCAGCACAUCGAUUCUCACAACAGGCCAACGGGCGAGGUGUGAGAGUGAUCAAUCGUGAUACUCCAGGUUGCAAUUGUCAGAAACAGAAAUGCCGCCCUGGCCCUACUCUUGUUUCUUGCGCUCACGCGCCCAGGGCUCGUUGACGAGCCUCACAUAUCACGUCCGAUUGCCUGUUUUUCCCGUUCUUUCUACUCACGACCUUACCCUCGCUUCAUCUCGAACGACGCGCCGAGGACAAGAUGCCUGCCCCGUAUAUAGAAUUCGCGUACCCCAUCACCAAGCCGUUCAGGACCAAGUGGAGAUACAUCGACUGGAUAUUGAUAGCGUUUGGUGCCACCGCGCUCGGCCUGCUCAUCCUCUUCAAUGUUUACUAUGUCGGAUACGACGUGGUCUCUGUCACGAUGACGGACUUCAACGCCACCCAGAACAUGCCGUGGUACUUGAGGUGGAAGCAGUCGGGCCAGACAUGCCAAGAACACACGUUUUAUCUCGGCGACAACUUCCGCACCAACAUCUCCACCUUCUCCUACGAGAUCUUCGGAUUGUCUAUCGUCCAAGGGAACUCGCAUGACUCGCAAUCCGGCAUAGUAUACGCGAACAAUGUGCUGGAUGGGUGCAAUGUCGCGUACUUCCAGUUCGUGACGCAGGUCGCGGACCGCACGAUCAACCUCGACGUUGAAGUCGAUUGUCCUCCACCCAUGAACUUCCAGGCAAGGACGAGCUGGAGCUACACGAACCACAAGGUCAUCGGAGCUCUGCAAUCCAAUUUCUUUGCCCCCAACAGCACGCCGCGCGCUAUCGUCGAGGCGUUGAACUACUUUGGAGACGCAAACUACUUCGCGAUCUGGAAUAACAACUACACGUACAACGACGACAGGCUAGGGAAGUUCAUCAUGACCGGCCAGCCGAGGUGCGACGGUAACGACGGAUGCCGCCAAGUACGGCCCAACGUUGGCGUUACUUUCUUCAACGGUAUCCGCUACAGCGACAUGGGCAUCGUCUUCGAUUCGAACGGGAACCCUGCCGACCUUGGGUGGAACAUCGACCUCGUUUACGACAUGGUCCAGGUCUUCAUCGCCGCCAUACAGCUCGACGUGGGUCACUACAUGUCUAACAACCUCUUCGUCAACGGCACCGCCUUCAAAACCUCGCUCAACCCCUCCUAUCUCAACACGGACUUCAACAAUCCAGCCAUGAACGCCUUCGUGGAAGCUGCAGGCGAGAACGGCGCCGCGUACGUCAAUGGCACGCUGUCUGGCGACGGGACUGCCUCGCAUUCUGCCAUCAUCCGGAUCCCGUAUACGUGCAUCACCAGUCAGAGGAAGAAGGCGGGAACCUUCUUCUUCAGCGUCGCGUCGUCGACGUUGUCUCUGUUCUUGAGUGUGUGGGGCAUUACGGUCUUAGGCCUCGGAACGUGGGCGCGGUCGUCGAGCGCAGAAGGUGGGUUCUAUGUUAUCACAUACGGCGAAGUAGCUCACCGCUCUGUAGCGAAUGCGUGCUGCAUGGGACAGCCAAUUCCUCUGAAGCGCAGCAAAGGUUCCAGUGACACGUCUGAAGGGCUGCUUGAAACUCCCUACCUCAACCGUUCUGCAUCCUACACCGGCAUACCGGUCUCGCCACCACAUCACCAGCACCACCAACUAGAGGCAUGAAGAGGGGAGAGGGGGCUUGGGUACACGUCGUCGAGAUACACGGACAUGGUCAAUAAUAAAUUAUAUGUGUACAACAUCCGUAAAUUAACGUGCUAUCGGACUUCUUUGGGGCCAUACCUGGU